AGAAGCUGAGAGGCGGGUGUGGCAUAUAGAGUAACAGCUAGGCCCUGGUCCGGGAGUGACUAAGGUUAAGUCGAUGCGACUUGACAGACUGAGGGGUCGUGCCUAAGGUUCGGAGAUUGGAUCUGCGCAGAGGAGUUUCUAUCCAUAAAUAUUCCAAAUGGAUCCUGGUGGUCAGGACCUGCUAGCUUUGGAUCCUGGUGAUCAGGACCUGCUAGCUUUGGAUCCUGGUGAUCAGGACCUGCUGGGCUUCCUGCUAGAGGAAAGUGGAGAUUUGUGGGCUGCGACUGAGCAGGACAUAGAGACUCCCCUGGACUUGGAGCUGUCGCCUUCCGAGAACUCCGUGCAAGAAUUGAGCGACUGGGAGGUAGAGGAUUUACUGAGCUCUCUGCUCAGUCCCUCGUCAUCGCCGGAUGUUCUCAACUCUUCUAGUUCUUCUAUUCUCCAUGAUCACAACUAUUCCCUUCCACAGGAGCACGUCUCCAUAGAUCUAGAUCCUGGGAGCUUUGAAAAGGAGGGGUUCCGCAUGAAUCCAUUGCGUGUGGAGGAGACAGCAGCAGAGCAGGAACUUUCUACACUGAUACUGACGGAGGAAGAGAAAAGGCUUUUGGAGAAGGAGGGGCUCACUCUGCCCUCAACACUUCCUCUCACUAAGGUGGAGGAACAAGUUCUAAAACGAGUACGGAGGAAGAUUCGUAACAAGAGAGCAGCUCAAGAAAGCCGCAAGAAGAAGAAGGUGUAUGUAGUGGGGCUAGAGAGCAGGGUCUUGAAAUACACAGCCCAGAAUCAGGAGCUUCAGAACAAGGUGCAGCAUCUGGAGGAACAGAAUCUGUCCCUUCUAGAUCAGCUGAGGAAACUUCAGGCCAUGGUGACUGAGAUAGCAAACAAAACCAGCAGUGGCAGCACUUGCGUUCUGGUCCUCCUGCUGUCCUUCUGCCUUCUUCUGGUACCUGCUAUGUACUCCUCUGAUGUGAGGGGGAGUGUGCCCGCUGAGUAUGUUGUGUUGCACCGCAAGCUUCGUGCCCUGCCCAGCGAGGACCAGCAUCAGCCGAAGCUGUCUGCCCUACAGCCAGAGCUACCAAUGGGCAGCACAAACCAGUUGGAGAGCUCAGAACAUACAUUCCUGGCCCCCAGCAAUGUUUCCUGCCUGAACCACAUGGCUCAAACAGAGCAACCCCCGCACUGGCCACUCCUUGAUCUUUCUUCAGAGAUGCCCUUCUCAGGCUCCGACCUUCUCCUGCAAGCAAAUCUUACAGAAAGUGGAGGAUGGCUCUCUACCCACAGCCCUUCUUCGAUCAUCUUACAGGGCAGGUAUUCAGGUUAGGUGUGAGGAUAUGGGGUGUCCUCAGCCCAAGGACUCCUGUCUGUAUUCACAUAAAAAGGAGUAGGGGAGAGCCAGCCUUUGCUCACGGGCCUGUUAGGAUGCCCAGGAACUCACCACACUAACUAGUUGUAUGAGCAUUUUAUUUAUACCCAUGUGUAUCUGUUGUCCCAUGAAUAGAUUUGGAGAAAUUUACUGGCCUUGAAUACUUCAUCCACAGAAGGAAUGGGAAGGAUAAGAAAUAAAUAAGUGGUUCCUCAGCCCCUUCUUACUGGCACAGCGGGGUAGGAAGAGGAGGGGCAUGAUUGUCCUAUUGGCUCAGGGCUGCAGGACUUGUGGGAAGAGGCAGGGAAGCCCCGUGCGGAGGCUGGGCCUCCACAGCUCAGUGGGAUCGCUCUGGACGUAGGUUUACAGUGAUCUCUUUGGUCCGCAUUCAGGCUGUGCUGGGUGCUGUGCCUUGUGUGACUGCUGGCCGGCUGCUGUUCUUUUUAUGCUGCUGCUGUUGAAGGGCCAGCUGCAUGGCCCAGAUGCUCAGGGGCCGCAUGUAGGCCAGGGAGCGGAACACUCGCUGCUGGCAGUAUGCCUCUGGGGUCUGGAAAGCCAGGCCCAGGCGUUCCCAUACAGUGCGGUAACAGCCUUCAGCUGUCCGGAAACCUUCCCAAGUCAGGCCCUGUAGGGAGAGGUAGAAGCCACACAUAAUAGCUAGUUCUCAGCACAAUUUCCUUAGCAGAUAAGGCAGUAAGCUGUUUGCCCUAAAGGCAAGAACUUAAAAGGCAAGAGGUGGAAGGCAUAUCCGGGAAGAGGGAGCUCUGUGGAUGGGUAAGAUGGCAUUAGGUGGGGUUGGGGAUUUAGCUCAGCGGUAGAGCACUUGCCUAGCAAGCGCAAGGCCCUGGGUUCGGUCCCCAGCUCCGGAGGGGGGGGGGGGAGAUGGCAUUAGGUGUUCUUGGAAUAAACUGAAUGGCUGAGGAAG